AUGCCUUCGGCAUCCUCAAUUUUUGCAGUGUAUGCCUCGUUAUCGACAUUUGUUAUGCUGCUUCAAACUGUGUUGAAUCAACUCAUGCCCUAUCAAGUGCAACAUUAUAUUUGGUCCAUAAUUAAGCGAUACCUAAUGACUCUACCCUCUAAUGCCACCGUAGUCAUUGAAGAAAGGGAUGGCGUGUCGAGCAACGAAGUGUACAAUGCUGCUGAAAUCUAUCUGUCCACAAAGAUUAGACAAAAUAUCGAUCUCUUUAAGGUUUGCAAGCCUCAUAAUGACAACAAUAUCAGUGUGAAGUUUGCUCAACGUGAGAAAAUAAUCGAUUUCUUUGAAGACAUUGAGCUUCAGUGGAUAUAUGUUUCCGAGGAUAGAAAAACGAGUUACAAGGUAAUUGAUGAAGAGACUGACAAUAUUCUUUCCAUAUCCGAGAAAAAAUACUUUGAGCUGAGUUUCGAGAAGAAGUACAAGGACAGGGUAAUCGACCUUUACUUGCCUUUCAUGCUUGAAAAGGCCAAGUCCAUUCGAGCAGAAAGAAAGGUGGUCAAGUUGCAUACUUUAGGAACUUAUUCGUCCUCAAGUGUGUGGGAUUCUGUUACCUUCCAACAUCCUUCAACUUUUGACACCCUUGCAAUGGAUACGAAGAUUAAGAAGAGUGUCAUUGAUGAUUUGGACAGAUUUGUCCGAAGGAAAGAGUUCUACAAGAAAGUGGGCAAAGCUUGGAAAAGGGGGUACUUGUUGUAUGGCCCUCCAGGGACGGGCAAAUCUAGCCUGGUUGCUGCAAUGGCUAAUUACCUCAAAUUUGAUGUUUAUGACUUGGAGCUUACUAAUAUAAAGCGUGAUUCGGAUUUGAGAAGAAUGUUACUGAGAACUGCAAAUAGAUCCAUACUUGUGAUUGAAGAUAUCGACUGCAGCGUGGAAUUGCCGGAUAGAAAUGGGCCUACGUAUGCAUAUGGACAUGGACAGGCUCGUGAUCUUCAGUUCACACUCUCUGGACUACUGAACUUCAUAGAUGGCUUGUGGUCUAGCUGUGGGGAUGAGCGGAUUAUCGUGUUCACUACCAACAACAGAGAAAAACUAGAUCCAGCUUUGCUGCGCCCCGGGCGCAUGGACAUGCACAUUCACAUGUCUUAUCUCACAGAAGAUGGAUUCAAGCUCUUGGCCUCCGCUUAUCUUAGGAUUCAGGGGUACCAUCCGCGAUUUGCGGAGAUCAAAGAAUCAAUAGAGAGUAUGGAAAUUACUCCUGCAGAAGUUGCUGAAGAACUAAUGAAGAGUGAUGAUCCCGAUACUUCUCUUGAAGGUCUAGUUAAUUUUUUAAAGUGCAAAAGGAUCGAAAGCAGCCUAACGAAGGAUAAAGGAAUCGAAGUCCAGAAUAUAAAAAGACUUGCAUCUGAUGACAGUGAUCUUGAAGGUUUGACAGACUAA